CUCCAAGAACCAAUGGUGCCGCGACGCUUGGAUGACUCAUCGCGGCGACCGAGGCACGAGGUCAUAUGAUGCAACACUGGAGUCCAGAGGUCCGCUGGUGCGCCUUGCAGUGACAAGCCCGCGCCCUGUUGGGAGAAGAUGCCCGUGGAGGUGACCGCGGCGACCGCGGGGAUGGUCCUAGCAGAGCUGUACGUCUCUGAGCGAGAGGGAAAUGAUGCUACAGGUGAUGGAACCAAGGAGAAACCUUUUAAAACAGGUCUAAAGGCUUUGAUGACAGUGGGAAAAGAGCCAUUUCCUACCAUUUACGUAGAUUCCCAAAAAGAAAAUGAGCGGUGGGAUGUGAUUUCUAAAUCACAGAUGAAGAACAUCAGGAAAAUGUGGCACAGGGAGCAAAUGAAGAAUGAAUCCCGGGAAAAGAAAGACGCAGAAGACAAUUUGAGAAGAGAAAAGAACCUGGAAGAAGCAAAGAAGAUUACCAUCGAAAACGACCCAAGUCUUCCCAAGCCAAAAAGUGUGAAGAUUCAUGCAUUAGAAGGAUACAGAGGCCAAAGAGUAAAGGUGUUUGGCUGGGUCCACAGGCUGCGUAGACAAGGAAAGAAUUUGAUGUUUCUGGUGUUGCGAGAUGGUACAGGGUAUCUCCAGUGUGUCUUGUCAGAUAAUUUGUGUCAGUGUUACAAUGGAGUGGUCUUGUCCACUGAGAGUAGUGUUGCAGUGUACGGAAUGCUAAGCCUCACCCCAGAGGGCAAGCAGGCCCCUGGAGGCCAUGAGCUGAUUUGUGACUUCUGGGAACUGAUCGGGUUGGCCCCUGCUGGAGGAGCUGAUAACUUGAUCAACGAGGAGUCUGACGUAGACGUCCAGCUCAACAACAGACACAUGAUGAUCCGAGGAGAAAACAUGUCCAAAAUCCUGAAAGCACGUUCCAUGGUCACCAGGUGCUUCAGAGAUCACUUCUUUGACAGGGGGUACUGUGAAGUUACUCCUCCAACAUUAGUGCAAACACAAGUGGAAGGUGGCGCUACGCUCUUCAAGCUUGACUAUUUUGGGGAAGAGGCCUUUUUGACCCAGUCCUCUCAGUUGUACCUGGAGACCUGCAUUCCGGCUCUGGGAGAUGUUUUCUGUAUCGCACAGUCAUACAGGGCAGAACAAUCCAGAACACGAAGGCACCUGGCUGAAUACACCCAUGUGGAGGCAGAGUGCCCUUUCCUGACCUUUGAGGACCUCCUGAACCGAUUGGAGGACUUGGUUUGUGACGUGGUUGAUAGAGUCUUGAAAUCACCUGCAGCAAGCAUAGUGUAUGAACUUAACCCGAACUUCAAGCCCCCAAAACGGCCUUUCAAACGAAUGAACUAUUCAGAUGCUAUUAUGUGGCUAAAAGAACACAAUAUAAAGAAAGAAGAUGGAACUUUCUAUGAAUUUGGAGAGGAUAUCCCAGAAGCCCCUGAGAGACUGAUGACAGACACCAUUAAUGAGCCCAUCUUGCUGUGUCGGUUUCCUGUGGAGAUCAAGUCCUUCUAUAUGCAGCGCUGUCCCGAGGAUGCCCGCCUCACCGAAUCGGUCGACGUGUUGAUGCCCAAUGUUGGUGAGAUUGUGGGAGGCUCGAUGCGUAUCUGGGAUAGUGAAGAAAUACUGGCAGGUUAUAAAAGGGAAGAAAUUGACCCCACCCCCUAUUACUGGUACACAGAUCAGAGAAAAUAUGGCACCUGUCCUCAUGGAGGAUAUGGCCUGGGCUUGGAACGAUUCUUAACCUGGAUUCUGAACAGGUACCACAUCCGAGAUGUGUGCUUAUACCCUCGCUUUGUCCAGCGCUGCCGGCCGUAACCGAUUCCUCCCGAAGCCAAAGGCAGGAACGCAGUUCCUGAGAGCAACAGAGUGCCUCCUUCCGAAGAACAAAAGCCAAGAUCUUCCCUCCUUCAUUUCACGGGGACAUAGCGGGUUCUGUUUUCUCUUUGCUUUCUAUUCCCGCUGGCACAGAUAGCAAUCCAGAACACUGGGACAUAGGGUGACAUUAAUGUCAUUUUAGAAGAAAUAUCCUUUACAAAAUUUGGGAGAAAUACGUGGCAGGUAACUCUGCUGAUAUGAACACAUUUUAUCUAAUUGUAGGUUAUAAUUUUUGCACCAUAUAUAUAAUUAAACAGUUUUCAUUUUGAUCCAACACAUUCUGCUUACUUAACCUCUGUCCUUUUAAAUAUAACUGAAAUUCUUUAAUUUGUAUCAUUUUAAUGUAUCAAUGAGUUAAGCAUCUUGGGAAGAUUGACACCACGGUGUAAAAAUUUGCUAGUCUUAGAAUAGACUAUAAUUCAACAGUAGGUACUGGAAUCAAAUGAAUAGUCUCUUGUAUCAGCUAUUCAUCGUUUCUAAAUCUGUAUAGCUGCUUAUAAUUCUGAGACACACGCACUGAUACGGAAGAAUUUGUAAAACGUGAAAUUGCCUUAAUUUGAGGAGGAAGAAAUUUUUUCCAGUAGUUCAGUGAAUAGCAUCCUUCCUAGCAUUAUUUACAGUAAAGGCAAAUUGAUCUUCCCUCUUCCCUGGUAGCUGCUAACUAUUUAAGAAUAAAUCAGUUCCAAAGAAUUUGCAGCCAGAUCUUAAUGACAAGUGUAAGUGACUGAGCCGUUCACCCUCAUAUCUAAUCUGUACUCCCUUAUCCCUGAUUAACUCCCAGAAGGCUUUUUGAAUGGCUUUGUUUCAGAUUUGGUAAUUUAUCCUCCAAAAUGCCUGUCAUGUAUUCUCAGCUGUAUUCCCAGCAAUCAAUAAAUGGAUACAUGUUAAAACUC